CCCUCCUCGACAUCAAUAAAACAACAGCUCUCAUCCCGAGCUGAACACAGAUCACAGUGUAAUCUUCUAACUAUUAUAACAUAUAAUUUGAUCAUCAACAGCACAAUGCAAGACUCACUUUUGCGGAUCAUGGUUUCUAGCACCAGGCUCUACUACUUAACCUCCAAUUAAGUUCAUUAGGAUCUCUGUAACACAACAAUGCUGAUAAUUCCUCAUCAUAUCCUCUGGCCUCCCACAGAGAGGUAAAAAUUAUACGGCGGUAGACGAGCGACAGACAUUUUUAUACUUGUGUUGAACCCCGAUCAACAGCAGCCAUGGGUGAAAUGGAGCAGAUGAAAAAGGAGGCCGAAGCCCUGAAGACACAGAUUGAGGCAGCUCGUAAAGCAGCACAUGACACAGACAUGGCCUCCGCCGCUUCUGGGGUGGCUCCGGCCCCUCGGGUCCAACUCAAGACCAGGAGGACCCUCAAAGGCCAUCUGGCCAAAAUCUAUGCCAUGCACUGGUGUACAGACAACAGGCUAAUGGUCAGUGCAUCACAGGAUGGCAAACUUCUCAUCUGGGAUUCUCACACUGGAAAUAAGGUCAAUGCUGUUCCCCUCAAGUCCUCAUGGGUGAUGACCUGUGCAUAUGCUCCUUCUGGAAACCUUGUGGCCAGCGGUGGUCUCGACAACAUGUGUACAGUCUACAACUUGAAGACACCUGUAAUCAAGACCGUGAAAGAAUUAGAUGCUCAUACAGGUUACUUGUCCUGUGCACGCUUCCUCAGUGACACAGAGAUUCUAACCUCCUCUGGUGAUACCACAUGUGUAUUGUGGGAUUUGGAGACUGGAAAGCAGAAGACUGUUUUCCUGAACCAUGUUGGUGAUUGCAUGUGUCUGUCUCUGUCUCCGGACAUGAACUCCUUUGUUUCUGGUGCUUGCGACUCUCUGGCCAAGCUGUGGGACAUCAGGGAUGGCCAGUGCAAGCAAACCUUCCAGGGUCACACUAGUGACAUCAACGCCAUUUCAUUCUACCCUAGUGGCAAUGCAAUUAUCACUGGCUCGGAUGACUGCACAUGCAAAAUGUAUGAUAUUCGCGCCGAUCAAGAAGUGAUCAGUUACCAGGAUGCCGCACUGAACAGCGGCGUAACAUCACUGGAUCUAUCCGCGUCUGGCCGCCUCAUCUUUGCUGGCUAUGACGACUUCAACUGCAAUAUUUGGGACUCGCUAAAGGGCGAGAAAGUGGGCGUGUUGUCUGGCCAUGACAACAGGGUGAGCUGCACUGGAGUACCAGGAGAUGGCAUGUGUGUUUGCACUGGCUCAUGGGACAGCUUCUUGAAGAUUUGGAAUUGAGUUGGACCCUGAGACAAGAUGAGAAUGAGAAU